AAUACUCUCCCACUUUCCUCAGUUGCCAAUCUCACAGCGGAAAAUCACAUCAAUAUCACCCCAUAUCUAUCAUUCCUUUCCAACAUGACCUCGUCACCAGCCCCCAGUGACUAUUCCGACGAGGAACUACGCCCAUCGAGAAAAGAGAGUCGAGGACGUGAACUGAACGUCUACGAUGCCGUUGCCGGUAAUGUGACCUUGAACGACCGAUCUCAAUCAGGUGCUUUACGCCGAAACGACUCCUCAAGUAAACGACCAAAUCGGUCCUCCGGGCUGCAUUCUUCCCGCGACCCCAGGUACGCGCCUGAGGAAGUCCUCUUCCGCCGCAAGGGCGCACCUGUUCGCUAUGAAGAGAAUGACAUCUACUGGGCCAGCGAGCAUCUGCCCGACGGCGGACGUCAUCUUCUCCCUGACAGCGACCUCUUAAAGUCCAUCCAUGGGUACACCAGCAACUUCUACGACGCAAUGGCCCUUCGCCUCGGUCCGCGUUGUGUCAUUGGCUCCCGAACCAUUGAUGAGAGGAGCAUGGAUGAAACCGCUCUACUUGCCUUUGGCAUCCUACUUGAAGAAGCAAGUCGCGAGGCUAUGGGGAAGAGAGGGGACCUCGUUCUGACUGAGCCAUUCACGGAUUCCAAGUUGCCACUUGCUGAUGAACGGGCUCUCGACACCCCUGCUGUUGUCGAUCAACAACCAGUUGCGGAUGCUGACCAAGGAGCGACUCCGGAAAAAAAGCGGCGAAAGAAGAAAAGGAAGAUCCGACGUGACGACGAUGUUACAGCAGCCGAAAUAUGACCCGGCUAUCCCUCGCACCCGAGACAAACUGUUCCUCGGUGUACGCAUCCCACGAGCCUCAGCGCCAGCUUGGCAACAAUGGGGUGCCAGUCCCCGACUUCGGGCUUUAUCACACACAACGUUGCUGCCUUCAUCACAUCUGGGCAAUCGUUAGUUGACGAGUAAGGUUGCCUCAACGUGUGCGAUUGUCAAUAGCCGGCCCCU